AUGAAUCACUUUUUCAGUUGGUUAUUCGGUUGGCUGUUGGCCGCCCGUUCCGGCAUCCCAGCGCAGUAUCUGGAAUGGGCCGCAGACACUUACAUCCGUGAAGGUGUCAAGAAGGACUACCACUACACAACUUCCGUCCUUUACACAGGCUAUGAGGAUGCCAUCGCUCUGACCCAAAACCAAACGCUCGUGGAUUGGUACAAAUCGCAGAUUGAUGAGGCCGUUGUCUUCGACAAUGGGAGCAUCGCAGACUGGAAUCUCACCUAUUACUCCCUCGACGACUACCGAAUGGGCGUCAACUUCCUCUGGUGGUACGAACGCACUGGUGAGAUGAAAUACAAGACAGCCGCAGACACUAUUCGCUGCCAACUUGAUCGCCACCCGGUCAACUCGGAAGGAGGAUUCUGGCAUAGAGCUCCCAUCUAUGCGAAUCAGAUGUGGCUCGACGGAAUCUUCAUGGCCGACACUUUCUACGCAAGAUGGACUGCCAUGUUCGAUUCCUCCAACACGACAGCCUGGGAUCAAAUCGUCCUCCAAUUCGACCUCAUCGAGGAACACUGCCGCGACACCACUUCCGGUCUUCUGUUCCAUGGCUACGACGACAGCAAGGUAGCAGUAUGGGCCGAUCCGGUUACAGGAGCUGCGCCGAUCGUCUGGUCUCGUGCAGUAGGCUGGUACUUCGUUGCUCUGCUGGAGGUCUUGGAAGUCUUCCCAUCCUCCCAUCCAGGAAAAGCCAGACUGUUAGAGUACUACAUCACUCUUGCUGAAGCUGUUCGGAGCCAUCAGGAUGAAGAGACCGGAGGUUGGUGGCUUCUGAUGAACGAUAAGUUGCCAGAAAUGGAAGGCAACUACAUUGRGAGCUCUGCGAGUGCGAUGUUCACCUACGGGAUGUUUAAGGGCAUUGAAGAUGGCCACAUUGCUGAUGACUACUACCCGGCAUCAAGGAAAGGCUACCAUUUGCUGACCGACCGAUUCGCUGUGAGGAAUGAGAACGGCACCUUGAGAUGGGAGGGAACCGUUGCUGUUGGAAGCUUGAAAGGCAAUGCUUCGUUUGAGUACUACACCGGAGUUCCUCUCGCGGUGAAUGACUACAAGGGUGUUGGACCUUUCAUGUGGGCAAGCCAGCCAUCGCUGCAUAUUUAKAUCGAGUUAUUUGACAGCUCGACAGCACUAUGCGAGUCUCAUGACGUUGAAUGUACUCUGCCAAGAUUCAGCUCAUUGGUGCGAGAUGAUCUGCAACGAGCUGGCCUCAUAUUCUUAGCAUAA